AUGCAUACACUAAGCUUCUCACUGACGCUUGAGGGUGUAGUCCGUAUCCACGACGGAGUCUUGUGUCUUGCAAAGUUCAGCGAAGUGGUGUCAUUGGAAGCUCGCAAGGAUAAACUCAUCCUUACUGCCUUGAAUUCCUCUAAGUCUGCUUACGCGUCUUUCUCCUUGGAUAAGACUGUCUUCUUCGAAAAGUACAAUUUCAAUGCCUCACAGGCCAAAAGUCAACAGUCUACCGAAGAUACCGGAGCACGCUUUACAUGUCAAUUGUAUAACAAAGCGCUUCUCUCUGUCUUCAAAGGCCGAUUAGGCGAUGUACGAGACAAAGACACGGCCGUUGAACGCUGCGAGUGUAAUAUUCAAGAUCAGCCUGAUAAGACUGAGUGCCGCCUUAUCGUGAAGAUGCUCUGCAGACAUGGUGUCACAAAGACCUACAAGCUUACCUACGAGUCAGUCGAGGUGAUGCACGCUUUGUUCAAUAAGAGCGCAGCAAAGAACACGUGGACCAUCGGAGCCAGCACUUUGAGGUCGUUCGCUGAGUAUUUUGGGACCAAAACCGAGCAAUUGGAUAUCUCUUCAGAAGGCGGACGGGCAACAUUCACCAGCUAUACAGAGAAAAUCAUGAAUGGGCGAGACGUACUGAAGCAGCCUCUGCAGACAUCGAUUACUGUAGACAGUUUGGACUUCGAAGACUUCAAGGUAGAGGACCAGCUGCAUAUCGGCAUAAGCGUCAAAGACUUCAAAGCCAUCGUCACGCACGCCGAAACACUCAAGGCCAGCAUCACGGCCUUGUACUCCUUCCCUACUCGACCGAUGCAACUAAGUUACCACGAGCAUGGCAUGCAAUGCGAAUUCACCCUCAUGACCAUUGGAGAUUAUCGAGGAAAUUCCGUCACGCCAGCACCUGCUGCGGUACGGCAAGGGUCAGCUGCGCCAGCUGAGAGAGCUACAUCACGCCAAUCUACUGUCCAGACUGCCGUGCAGCCGAAGACAACGACCAUGCCGCCACCGAGCCAAUCACUAUCACGCAGCUUUACCAGAGAGCCGCAAAGUCAAAGAACGCAGAGACCUUCACCUCCACCUCCAAAGGCCAGCUUAGACCCCCAGAGCUUGUUCCUACCAGCUGAUGAAGACGAUGAUCGCAUAUGGGGAGAGAGGAUCUACGAUAACGAACAGGACACGCUUGGCUGGGACGCGAGCGCCAACAAUGAUCCAAUUUUGGGCGGUCGAAGAAGUGACCAGGAAAGCUCUUCGAGAUUGCCACCAUAUCCGGCCUGGCAGGAAGACCCAAAUAGCCGCAUAGCGCCCACGCAAAAGAUAGCCGAGAUCCGAGGCUUGUUUGGCGACUGA